AUGACGACGCCGUUAACUCAUCCGGCUUAUUCGAACAAUUACCGUGAUCGGACUUUUGCCAUUGCAAAAACCAGAAGCGCCAAUGACAGGGCCGUUAUCGAGAAUCCCCUCGCCCAUUUCACGGACGCCGAGUUGGAAUUGGAUGUCCGAAACUUUGCAGAGACCUUUCUCCCUUCCGUGAGAUACCAAGAGUUGCUGCGGGCCGCCAGAGUCGGAAAGGACAUUCAGAUAUAUGAUGAGGCGGCCCGACAACCUGCCGGCUUCGAAGAACGAAAUAGACUUGCCGUGAUUUUGACAGAAGAAGAGAAGAUAGCGCUCAGAAAUGAAAAGGACGUUGCAUUCAGCGAGAAAGGAAUGCUGGCCGUUAUCGCCACGGUUUCGCUGGCAGCAUUUCUGCAAGGUUUUGUACAGUCGUCAGUCAACGGGGCUUCAUUAUAUAUGAAUCAAUGGGGUCUGAAUCCGAGUAAUGAGACCUCACACCAGAUUACCCCCGACAACUGGAAGCUUGGUGCCGCAAACGCCUCGCCAUUCUUCUUUGCUGCGUUGGUAGGAUGUCCGCUUUCUCUACCAAUCAACUACUGGUUCGGAAGAAAAGGAGGCAUUAGUGUUGCGGCAAUCUUGAUUUUUGCCAGCUCCAUCGGCGCCAUCUUUGUUACUUCUUGGACGCAAAUGUUUGGUGUUCGUGUCAUUAAUGGCAUUGGUAUGGGCAUCAAGGCAGUUAGCACCCCUAUUCUGGCCAGUGAAACUGCAGUCGGAUUUUGGCGUGGUUCUGCCAUUCUCGCUUGGCAGCUCUGGGUUGCUUUCGGCAUCAUGAUGAGCUUUGUGUUCAACUUGAUCUUCACGCAAGCGGCGAAUCCGACUACCACUUUUCGUCUCAUCCAAGGCGCUCCUUUGGUUCCCGCAUUCGCUCUUUUGACAAUGGCACUGUUUGUUUGUCCGGAGUCACCUCGCUUCCACUUGCUGAAGGGCCCUAACUAUAGUGUUGAGAAAGCAUACACGGUGUUGAAGAGAGUCCGAAACACCAAGUUGCAAGCACUAAGGGACCUGUACCUUGUCUCCAAAUCAAUCGAGCAAGAGAACAUGGACUCUGGCGACCUCGACCCUCAAGCAAUGAUGUCGCCGGGCUUCUUCUGGGUCAUCCGUGAUUUUGCAAGACAGUUUGUCCAGCUGUUUCAACGUCGCCGCUUGUAUAAUGCCGUCCUUUCGACAUCGACGGUUAAUCUUGCACAGCAGCUUUGUGGAGGCGAGUCCAACUAUCUAGUGAUUACCUGA